UUUAGCAUUAUACCUAUCGUGUAAAGAUAUUUCAACUAUCUUUGCUGUAAUAGAUAAUGAAACCGAAAAUGGACUAUUUUAUUGAAAUGUAAAUCUGUGUCAAGGAAAAUGGCCGCCAUUUCGGGGAGUGAGAUGGAAAAUCUGUCGGAUGAAACUUUUCAGUUGUUAUGUUCACUCUGUAAACGUAAGGGGAGGACUAAAGAAGCGGACAAAUACUGCACGGACUGUCAUGAUUAUUACUGCUCGGAGUGUGUGAAAUUCCACGAGGAUAUUCCAGCUCUUUCCGGACAUAAUAUCCUAGAUAAAAGUCAACAAGAAACAAGGGUAGGUUUACCUGUAGCACCAACGGAAAAAUGCGAGAGACAUAGGUUUAAACCUGUUGACAUGUAUUGUCAAAAUCAUGAUGACGUUGGUUGUUCAACAUGUAUGGCAGUAGAUCACAGGUCAUGCAACGAUAUCUUCGAUGUUCCAGGGUUUGUUCAAAUAAACCAAUCACAAACAAAGAAAACACUUGAAGAUCUAAACGUAGAAAACGCCAAUUUGAAGAAAAUGCUAGAAACUCGUAUACAUGAGAGGGAGCGUUUGAUGAAAGACAAACAAGAAGCAUUGCUGAAAUUGAAAGAUUUCAGAAGGGAAAUUGAGCUGAAACUGGAUAAACAUGAGCAAACAAGUAUCGAACAAAUUGAGAGCAAAUGUAAUGUCAUUGCUGAGAAAAUAAAUGCAGAAAUAAAGGUCUUAGAAACUGUACAGAAAGAUGUUGAACAUGCUGAGGAUAGAAUGGUAUCAUGUGAUGCUGAUAAUAAUAUAUCCCAAGCUUUCGUCUCUUCUAAAAUCGGUAAACGAGCUAUUGGUGCUGCCAUAAAAUGUCGAGAAGAAAAAGCAACUGUAAAGCAUGUUAUAGAUUUCGAGUUCAAGAGAAAUGAAAAUAUAAUGAUCUGCCUGAAUGAAACGGGAAAUCUUGGUAAUCUAUGUCAAUCCAAUGAAAUCUACAAAGUAAAGAAGAAGAGAACAUUUAAUGUUAGACAUCAAUCUGACACACAAACAUGUUAUAUAUACAGUGCAUGUGAACUUGGUGAUGGGUCUAUAAUUCUUGCUGAUAACAACAAUAAGAAAUUGAAACGUAUUGACAGCAAAUUCACUAACACAGAUGUUUGUGAAUUACCAGUGUCGCCAUAUCAGAUUUGUACUAUUAAUACACAUGAUGUAGCUGCCAUAUGUGCAAAUGGACAAACUGUAUAUUUUGUUUCUUUUGCCAAAGAACCAAGACGAACUAAAGAAAUAAACAUUGCCUUUGGAAGUUAUGGUAUUGCAUACGCGUUGUCAAAUUUAUACAUUGCUGAUUCUAAAACGACUGUUUUCGUUUACGACAGGAAUGGUACGAAGCUUAAACAAUUCACAAACAAUCAGACAGGGCAGCCGUUGUUUGAUAAUAUCUACAACAUGACUGUGAAUACUGAUGGUAGCAGGAUCUAUGUUGCUGAUACCACAUUUGGAAUUGUUGCUCUUAAAGAGGAUGGUACACUACAAGGAAAGUAUAACUGUGAUGAACUUGGUUCUGUAAGACGCGUUUGUGUGGCUGAUAAUGGGAAUAUUCUUGCAUGUGGAUAUGACAAUAAUUGCAUUUUACAGUUACCUAAGGAUGGGGAGAAGCUGGGAAAUGUUUUGUCCUUAGAUGAUACAAAAGUAGGAUGCCGUUCUUUAUUAUAUCUUAAUAAGAAGAAUGAGCUUGUAGUGGGUCGGGAUGAUGACAAUAUCGACAUCUACGAACUCAAUUGAAAAAAAAUAGGUACGAGUCAUAGGUUGUACAACAAGUAACAUAUUUUGUAUUGUAAAAACUAUAUAUUCUAUGUAGACUGUAACAUUUAUAUGCUGUGUAAAUUACAUUUUGUAAGAAAAAUACUUGGUCCAUAUUUUCAUUGAUUUUGUAGCACAAAAUAUUGUAUCAAUAAAUAAUAAUUUGUUUAAAGAAAAUAGAAACAUUUUGCAUUUAGUUUAAACAAUUAUACUUAUUUAUUUCAAAUUGUACAACAUAAAUAUAUACAAUAAGCAUACUACAUGUAUAUCCAUGUCGUUCUAAAUAAAGUUGCAAAAAGUAUAUUUCAGCUAUAUAUCUACAACAUUUUGUGCAAGUAGAGAUUGCGAAUAUUACACAUCAUUUUUCGUUGUUUUUCAUAAAUAAAAGCAAGAUCAAUACACUCUUAGAAUUAGUACUGCAGAUAUUUGAACACAUAAAAUGCAUCGGGUAAAAUAUACAUGGACUAAAUUUUAAUGUACAGGUGUACAUGUAUAAUACAAAUGAAGAAACUUUAAGAUUGAUAUACGCCUGUACUCUUAUGGUUUAAACUUUUAUGUAUGUUUAAAAAAGAAUAUAUAAGAAUUUAAAAAAAGAAUAGUGCAGAAUAGUAGAUAUGGUAGUUGAAACGGCAUAUAUUCUGUCAACCUAAAUGUUGGAAGGAGUUGGUUUUGUCUCCUUAUUGAGCGUAAAUGGACUGAACUGAAUUUUGUUUAUUGUUAUUAUUCAACCUUCCAAUUGUAGUCUGAAAAUUUAAUCAUACCAUUCAAAUUGAAAUCUUAAUCUAUAAGAUAUAAGUAGUGCCAGAGUGAUCUACUGUCACAAUGAAAUAACUAGCAUUUACAUAAUACAAACAUAGCAUAAAAUACACGCUAAUGUUAGCGCCACAGUUUAAACGUGUAAUUGAAACGAAAAUGCUGUAUACAAUUCUUUGUUUGAAUAUGUAUUAAAAAAUACAUUGUGCUACAUUCGUGUAAUAUAAUAAUUUUAUUCAACUCGUUUAUCUAGCUCAUAACUUCUGCAUAUACAUGUAACAAUGUAAUCGAUUCGUGUGCAAACCAAUAUGAUCAAAAUCAAAAUAAUCCAUUCAGAACCUUUGAAUAAGUAAUUGAAUAUAAUCAUACUGUUUUGCACACGAAUCGAACUUUAUAAUGUAGAAAAUUAAUCACUAACCAGAUAGUUGAAAAUGAGAUAAGAGUUCGAUACGAUACCCGGCAUGAGGAAAGUUCACCUCUGACACAAAACCUUUGACCAGCAUAUGA